AUGGCCGAAGAAAUGUGGAAAUAUUCAAUUCCUAUUGAUCCGGAGACGGUCAAGAAGACUGGGUGUUUCACAACUUUGCCAGUCAGAAUCAACAUCCGCGACGAUCUCGCAAAUGCUGCGUCCUCUCGCGUGCUCAAGGACUGGGCAGAGCACACCGGUAACCAAAACAUUGACCCGAACAGAGUGUCAUUCUCCCCAGUGGGAAGCUUUUGCUCUUUGAUUUACUGCGAAACCAUUCCCGAACGCUUGGACUCCAUAUCUUAUCUUACGGAUCUUUUCUUCUUGAUCGACGAUGCAACCGAAGAGGUUGAGAACGACAAGGUCGCUCAAGAGGAAUGGGCCGGCUUCUCAGGAGCCAUGACCGAUUCGCUUGGAGAGACACCCCAACGCGACCAUGAUUUGGAUUCCAUGAAGAAGAAGAAGCUGGUCGCUCGUGUGAUGCUCGACUUCAUGAGGUUAGACUCAGCCCUUGGCUUGGACCUCGUCAAGAGCUGCAAAGCUGGCUGGACUCCUCUAGCAGCUGGUGUAGAGUGGGAAACGAUGGAGGACUACCUUCACUUCAGAAGGCUUAGUGCAGGUCUUGACAUCUACUGGACCAAAACUGUCUUCGGUCUUGGAGAAAAGCUCUCAGAUGACGAGGAGAAGCUUAUUCGACCCCUUGUAUGGGCUGCUGAGAAGGCUGCUAUGCUCAACAAUGACUACUGGAGUUGGGACAUCGAGUACUUCCAAGCGAACCAGAAGAUCGACAUGCUCACCAACGCCGUCGCGGUCUUGAUGAGAAAAGAGGGCAUUACAGCCGAGGAAGGCAAGGAUCGCAUCAAAAACCUCAUUCUGGGGUACGAGGCUGAGUACUCUCAGCUGAGAGCGCAGUUCUACGAAAGCCACCCUUCAGCACGGCUUUACCUCCGCAAGCGAGUCGAACUUGCAGGCUCGAUGGCGGCUGGUGUCAGUUUCUGGAGUGCCAAGUCUCCUCGAUAUCACCUGCCAACGGACAAGCUCAGGCCAUCCGUUGUUCCUGUAGAGGUUAAGUUCGAGGAGAUGACCCUGAAACGUUCUGCUGAAAGUGUUGCCAGCACCGAAAGCGACAAUUCAAUGGACGCGAAGUCGGGAAGCGGUACCGAACUUACGAGCCAGAGCUCACAUCCAAGCGACCUUAGAAAGCGCUACUUUGACGUCCCGAAAUUGGGCCCGGCGGCAAUCAACGAGCCCAUCGACUACGUCAGCGGCAUGCCGUCAAAAGGCGUUCGAUCGUCCCUAAUUGAUGCCAUGAACCAAUGGUGUCAGGUCCCAUCUGCACAGCUGGCGGUAGUCAAGCGUGUCAUCGAUCUUCUCCACAACUCGUCGUUGAUACUUGACGACAUCCAAGACGAUUCGCCCAUGCGCCGCGGCAAGACGGCGACACAUUUGAUCUUUGGCGAAGCCCAGUCCAUCAAUAGUGCCACCUUCUUGUACGUGCGUGUCGUGCAAGAGGUCCAUGCUACUGGCAACGCCGCCUUGAUGAAGGUGCUCCUUGAGGAGCUAGAUGACCUGCAUGUCGGUCAAAGCUGGGAUUUGUACUGGAAGUAUAAUCUUAAAUGGCCGACAGAGGAGGAGUACUUUAGCAUGAUUGACCUCAAGACCGGCGGACUCUUCCGGAUGUUGGUGAGGAUGAUGCACGCCCUCUGCCAUCCAGAGUCAAAUGAAGAGUUUGUCUGCGAUGAUCUUGUGUCCAUGGUCAGCCGCUUCUUCCAGGUCCGAGACGACUACCUCAACCUCAAUUCUCGGGAAUACAGCAACCAGAAGGGGUGGUGUGAGGAUCUUGACGAGGGCAAGUUCUCGUACCUCAUCAUCCACUGCCUCGAGAACAGCCCCAAGUAUCGCGACCGGAUUAUGGGCCUCUUCAGGCAGAGGACUGGAUGUUCAGGUCCGAUGCCCAGCGUUGGAAAGGUUCAGAUUAUCGAGUACCUGCAAGAAGCAGGAAGCUUCGAUGCCUGUUGGGAGCUGUUGAAUAAGUUGGAAGACGAGAUCGAGGCUGAGAUCAGGAGAUUGGAGGCCGUCACAGGGGAGGAGAACCCUCAGAUGCACCUUCUGCUCAAGCUUCUUAGUGUGAAGAACGAGAAGCCAAAUAAGGGCGCCGUGAUUGUACCAUUAGGAGCGUAG